CACAUAACUUCACGCCGCUACAUUCCCAUUUUCCACCUUUUCUUUUCAGAGAGAGAGAGAGAGAGAAAGAAUAGGGUGGCGCAUGCACAAUCUCUCUCUCCUCUCUCUCACUAUAUAUAUACACAAGUGUACAACAAUAACACUAUCACAAGAAAUCACACAUAGAAUAGACACAUAGGGGACCAAGCCACCACGCCAAUCCUCAGUACCUUUCACACGUUGUUGUGAAGAACCUAUACAUACAUAGUUAGAUACAGCUACCCACCUAAACAACCCAAAUCUCAAUGACCCUUCAGGAGUGACACUGAGAAGAAACCAAAGGAAGUGGAAUUGGAAAUUCAAGUGAGUUGUUGAAUCAGAAAUGUUGACUUGCAUAGCUUGUUCAAAGCAACUCAAUAAUGGAUCUCUUCAUCAACAAGAAGAAGAUGAAGCUGUGCAAACACCUAGCACCAAACAAGCCAUCAAGGCUCUCACUGCUCAGAUCAAGGACAUGGCAGUAAAGGCUUCUGGGGCAUAUAAGAAUUGCAAGCCUUGUUCAGGAUCUUCAAAUGGUAACAAGAACAAAAAAUAUGCUGAUUCUGACAUGGGAUCAGAUUCAGCAAGGUUCAACUGGGCGUACCGAAGAACCGGGAGCGCAAGUUCAACACCAAGAAUGUGGGGGAAGGAAAUGGAAGCGAGACUCAAAGGGAUUUCAAGUGGAGAAGGAACACCAACAUCGGUGAGCGGACGUACCGAGUCAGUUGUGUUCAUGGAAGAAGAGGAUGAACCUAAGGAAUGGGUUGCACAAGUUGAACCUGGUGUGCUUAUUACUUUUGUUUCAUUGCCUGAAGGUGGGAAUGAUUUGAAGAGGAUACGGUUCAGUCGCGAAAUGUUUAAUAAAUGGCAAGCUCAGAGAUGGUGGGCGGAGAACUAUGACAAGGUUAUGGAACUGUACAAUGUUCAAAGGUUCAAUCAAGAAGCAGUUCCUCUUCCAACCCCACCUAGAUCUGAAGAUGAGAGUUCGAAGAUUGAAUCUGCGAGGGACAGCCCCGUCACACCUCCUCUAACCAAAGAGCGCCUGCCCCGUCAUUUGCACCACCCAAUGACAAUGGGCUACUCCUCAUCAGAUUCACUGGAUCACCACCAUAUGCAACCUCAACCUUGCUAUGAAACAAGUGGUCUGCCAUCAAAAUCUAAUCUUUCCAACAUUGGUGUGCCAAAGACCGAAAGAUCAUCCAUUGAUGCUUCUGUAAGGACGAGUUCAUCAGAAGAGGAAGAUCACUCAGGUGAGCUCUCAAUCAGCAAUGCCAGUGACAUGGAAACUGAAUGGGUUGAACAGGACGAACCGGGAGUAUACAUCACUAUCAGAGCACUACCAGGUGGAACCAGAGAACUUAGGCGUGUCCGUUUCAGCCGAGAGAAGUUUGGAGAAAUGCAUGCGAGAUUGUGGUGGGAAGAGAACCGUGCGAGGAUACAAGAGCAAUAUUUGUGACUAUAGUAAUGAGCCUUUACACACAUAACUGCUUCAGAAGACUAACAAGAGAGGACAAUGUGAAAGCUUUACAUUACUGUGAAUUUUAGAUUCAGUUUCUUUCUUUCUUUUCAGUGGAUAAUAUUCAAGUGACUACAACUUUCAAGUUUGGAGUUCAGUGUAGCUGUGGAGAAAUGAAGAUAUUGGGAAAUAUUAAACUAUGAUAGUGCAAUUUAAGUUAUAGUUAAACUUGUUAGUGUCAAUGUCUUGAUGUAGUUGUCAAAUAUUUUCCAUUUUGUAUGAAUUUUUAACUAUUCCAUGUGAGAUAACAUGUUUGGUUCUUGACAAUGUUUACACUGAAAACUUAGUGCAGCA